GCGACAAUCACCAUGAAGGGACCUUGGGAAAGCAUUGCUUGCGGAAGAGAGAAGGGUUUCCAGACCCAGAAGCUGGAGAAGAAGGUGAGCCACUGCCAGAAGAGACACACCUCGAAGAGAUCGAAGAUUGUUCGUGAGCUCAUCAGCGAGGUCACUGGCAUGAUCCCCUACGAGAAGCACAUGAUGGAUAUUCUGAAGGCUGGCGGCAACAACACCGAAAAGAAGAUGUACAAGUUCGCCAAGAAGCGACUUCACUCUCACAAGAGAGCUCUUGCUAAGAGAGAUGCUAUCAAGGAACUCUAUGCCAAGAUGCGUCGUGCUCAUCAUCACCACUAAGUGAAGUGAAGAGCAUACCACGUGUGUAUUGUCAGUU